AAGUCGUUACCGAGCAGAAUGUCAUCGACAAGCCGCCAGUUGACCAGUUCCCCAUGCGGGAAUGGAGCUUGAAGGUUUUCAUGGUCGAUGAGGACGGCAACGAGCGCCCAGCCGAUGUUUUCACCAAGGUUGUCUACAACCUGCACCCCACAUUCGAGAACCCCGUUCAGAGCUACACCAAACACCCAUUUACGUGUAAGAAUGAGGGUUGGGGCGAGUUCGAAAUCUCGAUCGAUUGCUACACUACGGAGAAAACGAAGCUAGCGCCCAUCAUUCACGAUCUCAACUUCCACCAGACCAAGUACGAGCAAACACACACUGUGGUUUUCAAGAACCCCUCCCAGAGUUUGCAGGAGCGCCUGCGCGAAACCGGCCCCCUCCCUACCGAUGACGACCAUCGCCCUAAGAAGAAGGGAAUCGCGACCAAGAAGAGCGCCCAAAAAUACGACUAUGAGAAGAUCGCUGAAUCGCUGGAAAAACUCGAGGAGGAGGAUCUGCUCCGUGUCAUCCAGAUCAUCAACGAGAACAAGGGGCCAGACACCUACAUAAGGAGUGAUGUUGAAGCCGGAGAGUUCUCCAUCGAUCUCUACACCAUGCCAGACAGUCUCACCUCAAAGCUUUGGGAUCACCUUUCCAAGAAGGGUCUUGUCAGCUAGAUGUUUGCGAUCAUACCUUAGUGUCAACACCCCUAAUGUUAUUCCAUCGACGAUAGGGCCUAUAGUCUGCGCUUGGGAGUUGCUGUAACCAUGGGAUUUAGGAAAAUGACGAGUUAAUGAGCACGAAGGAAGACAACACAGAGGGGAAAGGAGCCUUAAAACAAGAAAGUCGAGUUUUUGGUCACAAGUCUAUAAAGAACUUUGUUCUCGCUCAUUAUCCGGGAAGUUUUAAACUAUAAACCACCCUACCGUAUUAGAAGAUCUCGUUGUAGGAUGUUGCAGUGCUAUGUGAUGAGUUGGCGUAAACGAAGUUUCUACCAGAGAUAAAGGGAGUUGAAUAUCGAUGCCCGAAGACGGACAUGUAAAAGAAGCCAGCCAAUAACAUGAGGCCUUGGCCCGGCCUCGGCCGAUCAACUUGACGGGCCGGAUCGAUCAGGCGUCGGAUCGGGAGUCGAAAGAGUGCCGUUUUCCCUGACGGAUGUGACCAAGUGCCUUGCUUAUGUAGUCAUGUAGUUUGAACGGGAGUACUAGGCUUGCUGGUCUCGGAUGUCGGCUGCUUUCUCCAUUUGAGCUUGGUUGACGGGCAUUUAUGCCUUGAAUCUGAACCCACAGCCCUGAAGAUGCAAAAUGAUCUGCCGAUAGCGUGACGUUCAUGCAGUGUUUGAAGGUAUCAUGCGAAGCUAGCUUAUAACAAUAUGGAAGUAUGUAGGAAACUGAUGACGGGUUAUGUUUU